CAGAGCAGGAAGCCAGCUGAGACAGGGCUAUCUUCCAGGGAGGGAAACAGAUUCAGCAGCGGCAGUGGCUGGAGAAGGUCGUGGAGCAGCACCUGGCCUGCAGGGUGUUCCAAGAAUCAGCCAUGUCAUCCCUGUACCCAUCUCUAGAAGACCUAAAAGUGGACCAGGCCAUUCAGGCCCAAGCCAGAGCCUCGCCCAAGAUGCCAGCCCUGCCAGUCCAGGCGGCAGCCAUUUCCCCACCACCAGUUUUGUACCCAAACUUGGCAGAAUUGGAAAAUUAUAUGGGUCUUUCCCUCUCCAGCCAAGAAGUCCAGCAGAGCCUGCUUCAGAUUCCGGAGGGUGACAGUACAGCGGUCUCGGGCCCCGCGCCUGGCCAGAUGGUGGCACCGGUGUCCGGGUACAGCCUGGGCGUGCGGCGAGCAGAGAUCAAGCCCGGGGUGCGCGAGAUCCACCUGUGCAAGGACGAGCGCGGCAAGACCGGACUGAGGCUGCGGACAGUCGACCAGGGGCUCUUUGUGCAGUUGGUCCAGGCCAACACCCCCGCAUCCCUUGUGGGGCUGCGCUUUGGGGACCAGAUCCUGCAGAUUGAUGGGCGUGACUGUGCUGGGUGGAGCUCGCGCAAAGCCAAUCAGGUGGUGAAGAAGGCAUCACCCGAGAAGAUUGUCAUGGUGGUUCGGGACAGGCCGUUCCAGCGGACUGUCACCAUGCACAAGGACAGCAUGGGCCAUGUCGGCUUCGUGAUCAAGAAGGGGAAGAUUGUCUCUCUGGUCAAAGGGAGUUCUGCGGCCCGCAACGGGCUCCUCACCAACCACUAUGUGUGUGAGGUGGAUGGGCAGAAUGUCAUCGGGCUGAAGGACAAAAAGAUCAUGGAGAUUCUGGCCACAGCUGGGAACGUUGUCACCCUGACCAUCAUCCCCAGUGUGAUCUACGAGCACAUGGUCAAAAAGUUGUCUCCAGUCCUGCUCCACCACACCAUGGACCACUCCAUUCCAGAUGCCUGAAGCCACUGGAGGGCAGGGUGGGCAGGGUGGGCCUCCCGCCCUCCUGCGGCAAAGGGCAACACCCUCGGAUGAUGGGUUGCAGCUGGCCUGCUGCUUAAGGUGGGAGCUGCCGUGAGGGGGGCGUGUCCAGGAGGGUGACCAUGGGAUGGCGUGGGUACGUCGCUUAUACACACAGGCCUCCUUGGAGUCUCAGACUCCAGGCUGGGCUGAGGCUCAGGCAGAGCCCACAGGCAGCCGAUUCUCUUGUGCUGAUUUAAAUGCUGAACACGGAGGCAGGCCGUCUAAACACUUCUUAAAGUUGCAACUGGGCCCCUUUCAAGAAAUUUUGCUCUACCAGGAAAACAGUUACACAUUUGAGAGAACAGAGCUACAUUCUUUGUGAGAGCUUUUUCCUUGCCUUGACUUGCUCUUUGUCACAGACAGCAUAAGUUAUCAGCCUUGACUAUCUUUUGAAUAAAGAUUUGAUUUUAAACAAAACCCGUCCGCAAAGGUAAUUGAUUCCCCCCAAAACUAUUGAAAAUAAAAUAAAAAGAUAAUUGAAAA